AUGGCCCUUGAAGCAUCAUUUCGAGUAAGUUAUAGAAUUGCAAGAUCUGGACAAGCGCAUACAAUAGCAGAAAAUUUAAUUGGACCAUGUGCGAAAGAUAUCGCCAAAUGUAUGCUUGGGGAAAAGGCAGCAAAGAAAAUUGAGCUAGUUCCCUUAUCAAACAACACGGUGUCGCGUAGAAUUAAUGACUUGGCUAAUUAUGUGGAGAACGAACUUCUAAAAAGAAUAAAAUUGAAUUAUUUUGCAAUUCAACUUGACGAAUCGACGGAUGUAACAAAUGCCGCAGUCUUGCUUGUCUACGUUAGAUAUCUUUUUACGAAUAUUGUUCAAGAAGAUGUACUAUUUGCAAAACCUUUGAAAACCUACACAACUGGAGAAGCGAUUUUCGAUAUGAUCAAUGGGUAUUUUGAAAAGAAUGGAAUAAGCUGGUCUUAUUGUGUGGAUGUGUGUACAGAUGGUGCAAAACCAAUGACAGGAAAAUUUUCUGGUUUUGUGGCACGGGUGAAGAAGAUCAACGAGAAAAUUCAAUGGACUCAUUGUUGUAUUCAUAGACAACAAUGUGCUUUAGUAUGUAAGCGUAUUCCUGCAGAGUUAUCGACUACUUUAAGUAAUGCUGUGAAAAUUGUGAACUUUACAAAAUCGUGUGCUACAAAUUGCUGUCUAUUCCGUACGCUUUGUGAGGAUUUUGGAAGUUCUUCACACAGAAGUUAG